AUGCCAGGGCCAAUAGUAAGGACCAAUUCCGAGACCAAUGCCAACCAACGUCAGUGCCAGAGCCAGUGCUUGCAGCAGCAGCAGCAGCAGAAGAAGAAGAAGAAGAAGAAGAAGAAGAAGAAGAACAAGAAGUGCAAGGACGCAGACGGGCAAAAGGGACCAGGGCUCAGCAUGGGGUGGCCAUGGCUACUACUAGGGAAGGGUAGGCUGCGGCACCGCCACCCGCAGGUCUCGAACCUCGCAGCCAGCGCCAUCAGCAUCCAAUCCACGGCCCUCUUGUCACCUGUCAGCCGGCACUACCAACUGUCGCAAUAG